UUCAAGUUGGGUCAGCUUUGAUUUGACAUUUGGCUGAUUUCGGCUGUUACGAGAAAAUUGUGUAUUGUGUACAUUUUUUGUGUACAGGUAUAUUCUGAAGAAAACAUUUAAUAAGUUUACUUGAAACCAUAGAAAGGUUACGAAGAAUGGAACCAGACGAGAUCGAGAUCUCAAAGCCAGAAGCAAAUAUUCGGAACGAUAAAAAUGUCAUCGAUUACGACGAAGACAGAUUGCAUGAGAUGACAGCAUCCUAUUCAGAGAUAUCGUUUGAUUCACAAUCCUCACCGCCUAUCUCCGAACUGAGAUCACUGAUUGAUUCUCCAGACAUCGAUAGCGGAAAGUAUUUUGACAACAAUCUUGAGAAAAUGGCUGGGAUUGGUCACAGACCGGAUCAGUUGGAUUUGAAGAGCAGAGGUGGGAGUCCCACGGAAGACGACGAUCUCGAUCCACCGAGUUAUCACAAGGCCAUAGGUUACCUGCAGUUAGAAGGUAGAGUGAUGCAGGAUGGCGAUAUGGUGUUGUUCGUCACCGAGGAUCUGGAAAACAAGAUCAAGUUGUCCAGUCCUGUGACCAAGAAAGGAGAAACCCCGUCAUUUCCGGGAUCGCGUAGUUCAACCCCGUGCUUGUACAGACAAGCUCUGACUCCACAGUUACCGUCUCUCGAUCAUAACGUACUGAAUGAACUGGAAAUGGAAGCUAGAAAAAUUGCGACCUCCGUGGACGCGUUGACCGAAAAUCUGGCUGCAAUUUUACAAAAUGCGUCAGCUCUCACAGUUGGUUGUUUAGAAACUUACAGAGAUGCGGUAUGCAAAACGUGCGACGCAGUGGAUCACAAUAUAAAAUCAAUGUAUCAAUUGAUGGCAAAGUGCGAGGAACUGUCCAAGUCGAUGGCACCAAUUUACAAGUUAGCCGAACAAGUCAAAGAGAUAAAGAGAAUGUUGGAACUCUUCGAGAUGAAUCUGUAGAGUAUCAUGGGGAAGAGAAACGCUGCAGCGUCUCGAUGGCGAUUAAUCGUCUUGUCGUACGUUUGUUGGAAACUGCACAUUGUCGUAUUUUAAUUCAUGAUGCAGCUGAAAUUAUUACGUAUAAGGUACAAUGAUGUUUUUGCUUUUAUGAAAUUAAUCGAGCAAGUAACAGAGAGGAUUUAAUUUAUCGAAUAUUUUCUACGAUUCUCACGAGAGAUACACAAAAUACGUAAAAAAAAAAUACGAUAACUUUGAUAUUUAAAUAUAUAUAUAUAUAUAUAUUACGCGUUUACAACAAUAGUUGAUUAGUAAUAGCUGAUUAAAAAAAGUGCUGUUUGUUGAAAAAUAGUUUUACACAGUGCAAUCGUUAAAUGAUGGGUUUAAUUUAUGCACGUUAACGCGAUGUUAGUUCCUAUACAAUUAUUUUCCAUAUUAUUUUGUACAUAUGUGCUGGAGGUAUAAGAGUUAAAUAAAAGCAAGAUUCUGUUUUA